AUGUCCGAUCCUACAAAAGAUACCCAAAUUGACUUGGCUACCAAAGCGGCCGAAAUAUUCGUUGAAAGCUUCUACGAAACAUUGAAUAAGCCCAACCUCCGCUCAAACAUCACAUCCUUCUACAUCAAACCCUCCCCUCUAGCACCAGCUGAAGCUUCAAUAACCAUCAACGGAAACCUCAUACCAACGCCUUCCGCUUUCCAAGAAACGUUCGAGAAUAAAAUCGGCAAAACGGCUUAUGAAGUCCAAUCAUAUGUCGCCCAUGUCAUUAACCCAAACUACAACAUAGGGGUUGAGGAAAGUAAACUUGGGCCUGACAAGGAUGGGAAGAAAAUCAGCAUUGCCAUUAUGGUUAGUGGGCAGGUGAAAUAUUCAUCAAAGAACGGAGAUGAGGGGGAAGAGAGGGGUUUUAUGGAGAAUUUUGUCCUGGUGCCGAAUUUGGAAGCCAGGAAUCCAAAGGCGUCGAAAGGGAUCAGAAGGUGGUUGAUUCAGAGUCAGGUGUUUAGAUUGGUGUUAUGA